AUGAGGUCAUUCAAGCUUUUGGCCUCCUUUGGUAUGUUGGUGACAUUAGGGGCUGCCAUCGACUUAGUUCUUGGAGAUCAAGCUUCUGUCAAGUCUGCCGCGAGCACAAUAGCCUUUGGCUUGGUUAGCUAUUAUACCGGUAACCGAACAGGAGACACACCAGGGAAUCUUCCCGACCCAUAUUUCUGGUGGGAAGCAGGCGCCAUGUUCGGCACCUUGAUCGACUAUUGGGCGCUGACCGGGGACGACUCGUAUAAUGCCAUCACUACACAAGCCAUCAUCCACCAAGGGACCGAAAACGGCGACUUCAUGCCCAGGAACCAGACACGCACGCUCGGCAACGACGACCAGGGGUUCUGGGGGAUGGCGGCCAUGUCCGCAGCUGAGAACCGGCUACCUGAUCCUCCGGCAGACCAACCGCAAUGGCUUGCCCUCGCCCAGUCCCUUUUUAAUCAGUGGGCCUCCCGCUGGGACGAGGCGAGCUGCGGCGGCGGUCUUCGGUGGCAGAUCUUCACCUUCAAUAACGGCUUCAACUACAAAAACUCCAUCUCCAACGGCUGCUUCUUCAACAUCGCCGCCCGCCUGGCCCGCUACACAGGCAACGAGACCUAUGCGGAGUGGGCCACCAAGAUCUUCGAAUGGCAAGAAACCACAGGCCUCAUCACGGUCGACCACAACGUCCGUGACGGCUUGACCAUCAACAUCAACGAUAACACGUGCAACAACAUGGACACCAACCUGUGGAGCUACAAUGCAGGCAUCUUCCUGCACGGCGCGGCCGUCAUGUACAACCAUACCAACGCAUCUUCAAUCUGGCGCACGCGCGUCGACGGCCUGCUCACGGCUGCCCGGGCUACCUUCUUCGACCCUACCAACAACAUCAUGUUCGAGCAGCUCUGCGAGCCCUCGGGCUUCUGCAACAACGACCAGCGCUCCUUCAAGGGCUACCUGACGCGCUGGCUGGCGGGGACGACGCAGAUGGCGCCCCACACGUUCGACGCGAUCCGCCCGUUGCUCGAGACGGACGCGGCCGCCGCGGCAAAAGUCUGCGUCGGCGAUACCCCGCCACCGGCGUUCCGCGGACACCGCGGUACGGCGUGCGGGUUCCGCUGGACGACGGGCGCGUUCGAUGGCUCGGUCGGCGUCGGAGAGCAGAUGAACGCGCUCUCGGCCGUCAUGUACACGCUCGUAGGCAGGGUGGCGGCGGCGCCCGUGACGGCGGAGACGGGGGGCACGUCCAGGGGGAAUCCCGAGGCCAAGGCACAUGAGGAGCCCGGAGAGAGUGUCAUUACGCUGCGUGAUCGGGUUGCGGCGGGCUUUGUCACGUCGGCGAUCGCGCUGGGCGUGGUGGCCGGGUGCGUCUUUGUCUCUAUAUAG